AGUUAGUGAUGUAAAAUUUUCAGCAAAAUGUCACAAAUUAUUAUUUUAUUUUCAUUAUUUUUUUUUGCAUUCACCAUUGAAAAUGUGAAUAAUAAAAGAAAUAUUGAUGAAAUUUUCACUGUAAUAGAGGGGAAUUUUCAUUUAAAUGGAGAAAAGUUUAACAUUUACGCCGGUGAGAUUCACUAUUUUCGAAUUGCGGCAUGUGAAUGGGAAGAUCGAUUGAGAAAGUUGCAGAGAGCGGGCCUCAACACAGUGUCAACUGCCGUUGAAUGGGCCAUGCAUGAACCAAUCCCCAAAAGUUACAAUUGGAAGGGCAAUGCAAACUUUACUCGAUUUAUUGAAUUGGCACAUAGGUUAGAUCUCUUUGUCAUUGUUCGUGCAGGACCAUACAUUGGAGUUGAUCGAAGCCUUGGAGGAAUUCCAGGAUGGCUCUUAACCACAAACGAACUCAAAGAUAAUCCAUGGAUUCAAAGAUCAAGUCCAGAAUAUCGACUUUACGCUGAAAGAUGGCUAUCUCACUUACUUCCAAAACUUUCAAAAAUGAUGAUCACAAAUGGAGGACCAAUAUUAAUGGUACAAAUUGACAGUGAUUUAGGCGAAACAACGCCAUGUAUGACAACAGAUUGGCUACAUGAAAUCUAUCAACAAUAUUUGAAUGUAAAAACAAUAAUGUUUACAAUGGAUGAAAAUAAUUUGAAAAAUCUUAAAUGUGGUAAAUUAAAAAAUACAAUCACAGCAUUUCGUAUAAAUCCCUGGGAAUAUUAUAAAAUAUUUAAACAAUCAUUAAUAAAAUUGUAUUCACCACUUAAAAAAAUUGCGCCAAAUUCACCGAAACUCAUUGAAAUUAAAACAGGUUUAACAUGGAAUUGGAAUAGUGAAAGAUUUACAUUUGGAACGAAAAAAAUAAUAAAAACAAUUAAUGACAUUAUUAAAAGUGAUGCGUCAAUAAUAAUUUAUAUGUUCGCCGGUGGUACUAAUUUUGAACGUGCGGGAAAAAGUAAUUUUAAUAAAAUGGGUUUAACAACGUCUUACGAUUAUGAUGGUAUCAUCAGUGAAUCAGGUGAUGUAACUGAAAAAUUUUAUAAAUUACAAUCAAUAUUUCAUCAGAAUAGUGAAAUAAUAAUAAAUGACAAUACAAAAGAAAAUAAACAAGGAACUGUUGAUAUAUCAGGUCAAAUAAAUUUUACAUCCCUUGGUUCAUUACUUGACUCAAAUUUUCGAAAUAAUCUAAAAAUAAUUGGCAUCGAAUCAAAAUAUCCAAUGACAUUUGCUAAAUUAAAUAUAACAAAUGGAUUAGUUUUAUAUGAAACAAAAAUUCCUUUUAAAAUGGAAAAAGAAAUUAUUUUAUAUUCAAAAGAAAUUCACGACAGAGGCUAUAUAUAUUUUAAUGGCAAUCUACUUGGAAUUUUAGACAAAAAUUAUAAUUCCCUAAAAAUUUCCAUGGAUUUUAAAUAUCAAAUUAUUCAAAUAUUAGUUGAAAAUACAGGUUAUUUGGCACAAAAUGUAAUUGGUGAACCAAAGGGUAUAAAUAAUGUUUAUUUAAAUGAUAAAAUACUAAAAAAUUGGAUUCAAUAUCCACUAAAUUUAGAUAAUGUUAAAUAUUUACAAGAAAUUGUAAAAAAUUUAAAACCAUCAUUAUCAUUGAAUAAAGAAAAUUCCUUUCUCCUGGCAAAAUUUCAAAUACCAAAUAAUAUUAUGCAUUCAACACUUCAUACAUAUUUAAAUAUGAAUCAUCAUUCGGCAAAGGGAUAUGUAUUUCUAAAUGAAUAUAGUAUUGGAAAAUAUUGGAUAAAUGGACCACAAUAUGAAUUGUAUAUACCGGAAUGUUAUUUUCAACCAAUGGAAAAUCAAUUAUUAAUUAUUCAACUUCAAAAGAAGCACGCUGAUAAAAAUACUACACCGUUAACAAUAAAGAAGACAAUAUAUUUAGACAAAAGCGGCGAAUACUCAUCAUCAAAAUAUGAAAAUGAAAAUUUAAUUUCAUACAUUCUUUUAUUUUAUAUCUGUUGGUUUUGGAAGCCUGGGUAUAGUUGUAUUUGUUGUUAGUAAA